AUGAAAAUGCGGUCUUCUCUUUACAACGCCCAGCCCAAGGAACGUGGUGACGAUGGCGAGAACCAGGCCCAGUUUGAGGAGGAGAUAAUGCAAGAGAAUGAGGCCAUCUUGGGUGCUUUGGGGAGCACCGUAAAGCGGAUGAAGGCCUCAGCUGGCGUUUUACUGGAGGAAGCUGAAUCUCACAAUAGGCUGUUGGAGACCGUAGGCAGUGCAUUUUCUAGAGCAAGCAGCGGGGUGAAUAGAUCGGUACAACGAAUUGAGGGGGUAAUGGGUCGGUAUGGAUGGCGACAUACACUUUUCAUUGGUGUGUUGGUGGUUUUCACUGUGUACUCUCUGUAUUACCUGCUCCGUUGA